AGAGUUCCCCGGGAGGGCCUCGCCCCCUCCACUAGAAACGGGAGUAGCUGGAGAAUUGUGCACCGGAAGUAGCUCUUGGGCUGGUGGAACCCAUCGCAGGUGCAGACCAUAAUGGGUGAACCCCACGGAUCCAUGAGGAUCCUAGUGACCGGCGGCUCUGGACUGGUGGGCAGGGCCAUCCAGAAAGUGGUCGAAGAUGGGGCCGGCUUGCCUGGAGAGGAAUGGGUGUUUGUCUCUUCCAGAGAUGCAGAUCUGACGGAUGCAGCACAAACCCAAGCUCUGUUCCAGAAGGUACAGCCCACCCACGUCAUCCAUCUUGCUGCAAUGGUAGGCGGCCUUUUCCGGAAUAUCAAAUACAACUUGGAUUUCUGGAGGAAGAACGUGCACAUCAAUGACAACGUCCUGCAUUCAGCCUUCGAGGUGGGCACUCGCAAGGUGGUCUCCUGCCUCUCCACCUGCAUCUUCCCUGACAAGACCACCUAUCCUAUUGAUGAGACAAUGAUCCACAACGGGCCGCCUCACAGCAGCAAUUUUGGGUACUCGUAUGCCAAGAGGAUGAUUGACGUGCAGAACAGGGCCUACUUCCAGCAGCAUGGCUGCACCUUCACUGCCGUCAUCCCUACCAAUGUCUUUGGGCCUUAUGACAACUUCAACAUCGAAGAUGGCCACGUGCUGCCCGGCCUCAUCCAUAAGGUGCACCUGGCCAAGAGUAGUGGUUCAGCCUUGACGGUGUGGGGUACAGGGAAGCCGAGGAGGCAGUUCAUAUACUCACUGGACCUAGCCCGGCUCUUCAUCUGGGUCCUGCGGGAGUACAAUGAGGUGGAGCCCAUCAUCCUCUCAGUGGGCGAGGAAGAUGAAGUGUCCAUCAAGGAGGCAGCUGAGGCUGUGGUGGAGGCCAUGGACUUCGGUGGGGAAGUCACUUUUGAUUCAACAAAGUCAGAUGGGCAGUAUAAGAAGACAGCCAGCAAUGGCAAGUUGCGGUCCUACUUGCCUGACUUCCGUUUCACACCCUUCAAGCAGGCUGUGAAGGAAACCUGUGCUUGGUUCACCGACAACUACGAGCAGGCCCGGAAGUAAAGGACGGGACAAGCAGGUGCCCACCUGGCAGUGCCCAGUCAGUGGUCACCACCCUCAGUUCUCGCCAAGAACUGAGUUAGUGUCCAGCCACCUGAGCCACAUACUGACCUCUUUGCCAGGAUCCUCCAUGCUGCUGUCCAGUAGGGCCCAUGUCCAUCCCUCGGGAAAGGCCAGACCAACAUUUUGCUUGUCUGCUUCUGCUGGACGACCUCCGUGUGUCCCUGCUGGACUAGAAACCAAUAAAAUGGAUUUUCAGAAGCUGUGCCAGCUUC